UAUGGCGGCAAGCAGCACAGACUUGCCUGCGAAGAGAUUGUCAGCAAGUGAAUGAAUCUAAAGGUCUAAAAAAUAAACGACACUUACGCAGAACUCAUGGUACAAACUAGAAUGCAAUGAAUCUUUUACCUUCAUCUACAAUUCGGCUGAUCGCUAGUUCACAAGUGAUAACCUCCGUUAGCUCAGUAGUGAAAGAACUGAUCGAGAAUUCUCUUGAUGCUGGAGCAUCAAGCAUUGAAAUCAAACUGGACGGCUGGGGAUUGGAAAGAAUUGAAGUUCGAGAUAAUGGUUCUGGUGUGAAACCCGAUGAUGCUCCCUACUUGGCCAAACCCCAUUACACGUCAAAAAUUUUAACUGAUGAUGACUUGAAAUCCCUGCAUACAUACGGUUUCCGCGGUGAGGCUCUAGCCUCGCUCUCAUCUGUCAGCAAUUUGUCUAUAUUGACAAAAACAGAAUUUGAAGAAGUUGGCAUGUUGUAUACAUUAGAACGUGAUGGGAAGAUUGUAGCCACCAAACCAAAACCUACAACAACUGGGACAACAGUUACAGCAGCAAAUUUAUUUAAAAACCUCCCUGUGAGAAAACAAUUUUCAAGCAACACCAAAAAAUGUAAAGAAGAGUUGAAAAAAGUGGAGGACUUGGUGAUGGCAUAUGCAAUUAUACGUCCAUCUCUGAGGAUCAUUUUGCGUCAUAACAAGGCAGUCGUCUGGCAGAAGAGUAAAGUUGCAGAUGAGCGAACAGCAUUAUUGACUGUGUUUGGAACAUCUUUGUUGGCACAAAUGGGUUCAGUAGAAUAUCAUGAUGAUGAAGAGAGUGGCAUUCAUAUACUUGGAUACCUUCCAAGGCCAGGAUCUGAUAUGGAAGUUACUGGACGUGCAGUGAAUGAUCGAUGUUUUAUAUUUUUUAAUGGAAGGCCUGUUUACAUGAAACAAAUAUCUCAGUUGAUCAAGCAAUACUACAACAGAAAAGCACCUGUUGCAUCAAACAGAUACCCUGUUGCUUUCCUAAGCAUCAUGAUACCUCCUGAAGGCCUGGACGUCAAUCUGGAACCCAAUAAAACUAGUGUGAUGUUAACAAACCAAGAUGAACUAAUGACAGUUUUGACAAAGCUGUUGGAUGAGUUUUAUUCAGAGGAGAACAACACACUCUCUAGUUGUGAUGUUGCUUUAGAGAACAGAAUAGUUGCUACUGAUAAACUUGGUGACAUUACUAACACUUGUGGUAUGAAUGGGGAGAUAAGAACCAAGACAUCUGGGGAUGCCAGAGUGAAAAACAAUCAACAAGGAAUGGAUAUUCAAUUGGACAGCAACGUUGUACAUGAUAACAUGCAAAACAAGGAACAAGAUAUUGACAAUAACCAUAGUAAGCUAGCAAACAUUUUUGGUACAACUGGCAAUAGAAUCCCCACAAGUACUUCAAGCAAGGAGAAAGAUUUGCUGCUGGAGGAAUCAUCUUGUCAUGAACCAACAAGUCAAAGCAACCAAGGGAAAGAAGCACUAAAAUCUUCUAUUCAAUCAACAGAAAAUGCUGAAUCAGUAGAUGAUGUUCCUGUGUUAUGUUUAUUUUCCCCCUUACAGAAAAACUCAGGAAUUUUGAAUAACAAAGACUCAUUCCAGUCACAUAUUUUGCCGUCUAAAGCACUCUGUGAGUCAUUAAGUGACAAGACCUUGGCUGAAAUGAAUGAAUCAGUUAAUAAUAUUGACAAAACAUUGGUUAAUUCUUUCAAAGAGAUUCCUGGAAACACUGCUGAAAAUGGUGGCAUUGAAGUUGCUGUGAGAAAUUCAGUUUUGAACAAUGCUAACGGCAACAAAUCAGUACUAUUUGCUAAAACAACUCCCUCUGAAAAUGGCCCAGAUGCAGCCAAUAAGGAGAAAUUACUAGAAAAACAACAGGAAUUGUCUGGGAAUAAAAGUUUGACAUCUGCUGCUGCUAGCAGUCCUUCAGAGAGAAACUUGUUUUCACUUAGUCUGGAUGAUUUGUUUGAGGAUUCUGACUUAGAUACCACUGGUCCAUUGAAUGAUGUUUUCUCUGCCAAGAAGUCUACUCAACAAAAUUUGACGUUGACUUUGAAUAAAGAGAGCACAACAUGUGGUGAGGAAAUCUCUAAAGGACAUUCAUUUGAAGGCACCAAGGUGCAAUAUACUGACAAGCAAUGGAGUAUGGGAGGUGGAAUUGUUGACAAGCAAGGGAAUCCUGUGCAGCCUGUGUCGUUAGUGACCCCUGGUCCUUUGAGAACACUGUCUUUGAAAAGGACUCCAUUACCUCAUCUUGGAAAGAGGAAACACUCAUCUGAACAGGACAAGUCAAGGCUGUCCCUAUCCAGCAAGAAGAUAAAGAAAAUGCCAGAAAUAACUAAUCAACCCCUGAUAAACAAAGUUAUGUCACCAAAUCCUCUUCAAAGAAAACUUCUCUACAAGAAAAAAGAAGUUCAGUUUAGCCUGGGUGACUUAAAGAACUUGGCAAAAAGGAGAGCUAAAGCAGCAAGCUAUUUAGAGGAUCAUUCCAAUACAGACCAUUUGAUUGGUCGGCUGGAUCCCUGGGGAGUUUGGCUAAUGCAGAAAGGAAAGGAUCUUGUUUGUGUCAAUCAGUACAGAGUACAAGAGCAGCUUCUCUUCCAACGGCUGAUGGCUUGUCAUUCUCUUCCAAAAGAAAGGCUGGAUCAUCCCGUCAUUUUAAAUGAGAGAAGUGUCGGUGGUCCAGAUUGUUGGAAAAUGUUGUGUAAUUUGAGUGUCAGUUGUGACCCACCGGACACCACAAGAUGGAUCGAUGACGGACGACUAACAGCAAAUGGAUUCGAUAUCUGUUUAAAAAACGAUGUUGAAAGUGGAGAGACCAAAGUGGAGUUACAUAGAAUAUCUACUAGCAUACCUUUUUAUGGAGUGCCAGAUUUGGUAGAAGUUCUCGAGCUUAUUUGUCAAAAGGACGGCGGCGAUUCCAAUUCUCUGUCAAAGUGCAGACCUUUUAAAGUUAUCCACUAUCUCCAGGGUGAAGCGGUUCGCGUUGCUCGUUCGCUCAGUUCCCGGAUGAACAGAAGUGAAGUGGAUGAGCUACUAUCCCGAAUGGAAAAAGAAAUUCCUCAGGAUUUGAGAAAAUGUGUGCAUGAUCGUCCAUUUUUUUUAACAAUCGCGCAAAUCCCGGAAUGAAACAAAUUGUUUUAAGAGAAAUCAUUCAAGUCUUUCAACAGUACACUAUGUCUGCGCUUGUGUCUUUUAAGGACAGCAGCCUUACAUGAAGAAACAAAAGACACAUACGAUCGUGUAGUCUG